CCCUAAAUCUAUCGGCGAUCGGAGAAAGGACGGAUUCCGAAGCGAAAUGCUCUUGAAUCGCUCCUCGAUCGGGCCAUCGUCCUUUUUCCGUCUCAAUUCCGGUCUCUCUCUUCUUCAUAGAUUCCUCUUUUCUACCGAGCAAUUAGGAAACAAGAAACCGGACGGCGAAGCGGCGUCCCACGAUGACGUCGCCGCCGUAUUCCGCAUCAUCAUCACCUCCUCCUCCAGCGAGCACAUGGCGAGAUCCCUCAUGGAGUCCAAAAUCUUCCUUUCCAAUGAUCUGAUCGAUGGGGUCCUCAAACGGCUGCGGUUCAGCCACGGGAACCCCUUCCGGGCCCUCGAAUUCUUCGAGCUCACCGGAAAACGGAGAGGAUUCUUCCACACCGACUUCUCCUACGACACCAUGCUCUUUAUCUUGGGCCGAAGCCGGAGAUUCGAGGAGGUCUGGCGGUUGCUGGUGGAGAUGCGGCGGAAAGAUCGAACCUUGAUCACUACCCGCACCGUUCAGACCGUCCUUGGCCGGAUCGCCAAGAUUUGUUCUGUCCGGCAGACGGUGGAGAGCUUUCGCAAGUUCCGCAAGCUCUGUGUCGAGUUCGACACCAAUUGCUUCAAUGCUUUGCUGAGGACUAUGUGCCAAGAGAAGAGCAUGAGCGACGCCCGUAAUGUGUAUCACAGCUUGAAGCAUGACUUCAAGCCUAACCUUCAGACGUUUAACAUAUUGCUGUCGGGUUGGAAGUCGGCCGAGGAGGCUGAAGGCUUUUUCAAGGAGAUGUCCGAGCUGGGAGUGAAGCCAGACUUGGUCUCGUACAAUUGCAUGGUAGAUGUCUACUGCAAGAAUCGUGAAAUGGAAAAGGCAUAUAAGAUAGUUGAUAAAAUGCGUAAAGAAGAGAUCUAUCCGGAUGUUAUCACAUAUACUGGUUUGAUUGGUGGACUGGGAUUGAUCGGUCAGCCCGAUAAGGCUACAGAUGUUCUGAAGGAGAUGAGAGAGUGUGGAUGCUACCCUGAUGCUGCAGCUUAUAAUGCAGCUAUUCGUAACUUCUGCAUCGCAAAAAAGUUCAGAAAUGCCUUUUCUUUGAUGGAUGAGAUGGCAGAGAGGGGACUGUCCCCUAAUGCCACGACUUACAAUCUGUUCUUCAGGUGCUUCUAUUGGGCUAAUGAUCUAGUGAGUGCAUGGAGUCUGUACAAGAGGAUGAGGACGGAGGGGUGCUUGCCCAACACGCAGUCAUGCAUGUUCCUUAUUAGGCUGUUCCGCCGGCAGGAGCAAGUUGGAAUGGCUCUCGAGCUUUGGAAUGAUAUGGUGCAGAAAGGAUUUGGGUCGUUCACGUUGGUCUCAGAUGUAUUGUUUGAUUUGCUCUGUGAUGCAGGAAAGAUAGAUGAGGCUGAGAGGUGCUUCACUCAGAUGAUCGAGAAAGGGCAGAAGCCGAGCAAUGUGUCAUUUAGGAGGAUUAAGGUUUUGAUGGAACUGGCAAAUAGGAAGGAGUCUCUUAGGAAUCUGAUGGAGAAGAUGACUGUGUUUCAACACAUAGCACCCUUGGAUGACAGAAGAGCCGAUGAAUCACCCGAAGGAUCACCAUCCUGCUUGUUACAACCCUGUUGAAUUAACAACUCUUGUCCCAUUUGCUUGCAAUGUUUCUGCACUGGGAAUAUAUGGUUGUGAGAAAUAAUAGCUCAAGUACUACUCAGAAGCCGGUACUCGAAGUAAAAUAUGGCUCCUUUGUCACUCAACAAUGGUUAGAAGCCUAGAACAAAUGUACCAAAUCGGUAUAGUCUUGAAAAGCAUGGGCAAUCGUUCAGGUUGGCCUAAAUUAAACACAUGGAUCUUGGAUGGAACACCCGCAAAUGGGGGAGGCCUCGCUUGUGUUGUUCGAAGAUCUAAUGGUGGUUUGGUGGCUGCAGGGUGUGAAAAUUGGGCUUGGGAGUUGAAGCUUAUUCUUAAGAAUUGUGUCGAUGUUCUGGAUUAUCCAUCGAGUGCCUGUGUUUGUAGGGAGGCAAACAGGGCUGCUAACUGGAUGAUCAAAUAUGCUAGAUUUUACAGGUGUUUAUAGCAAGGGAUUUUCCUGAUGAUUUUCUAAGCAUUUUUAGAGAGGAUAACCUAGGAUCUUCAGUAAUUAAUUCGUCCUGAAAUGGAUUUGACUGUCUUUCUUGACUUGAUGUUUUUGGCUACUUCAGUGUAAUGCUAGUUGUUGA